UCAGUCAACUACAUAUCCCACAAUCCUUUGUUCCUAACCCGGAAAAAAAUAGUACCACGUGUGACCUUCGAAAACUCGCCAGUGGAAAGAAAUCCUUCCGGAGUGCCCACGGCUCUUCACAAUGAAUCCUCUCACCAAAGUGAAACUAAUCAAUGAACUGAAUGAAAAAGAGGCUGAACUUGAUGUCAAAGACAGUGUGUCCUGGCAUUCAGUCUACAAGGACAGUGCCUGGGUCUUUAUUGGUGGACUUCCAUAUGAUCUGACCGAAGGAGACGUCAUCUGUGUUUUCUCUCAGUACGGAGAGAUUGCCAACAUCAAUUUGGUGCGAGAUAAAAAGACGGGCAAAUCCAAAGGAUUCUGCUUCCUGUGCUAUGAAGAUCAAAGGAGCACCAUUCUGGCGGUGGAUAACUUUAAUGGAAUCAAGAUUAAGGGCCGGACUAUACGUGUGGACCAUGUAGCAAAUUAUCGACCACCCAAGGACAACGAAGACAUUGAUGAUGUCACUAAACGUUUGCGGGAAGAGGGAUGUGCUCCUAAAGUCCCCUCCUUUGAGCCAGGGUCUGAGGAGGAAGAUGCUGUACCUGUGAAAAAGCCCAAAAAAGAUAAAAAGGAGAAGAAAAAGAAGAAGGAGAAGAAAGAGAAGAAAAAAGCACUAAAGGAAGAGAAACGUGAGGCACGGACUGAGCCGUCAGCAUCAUCUCCCGUCCGAGUGAAGAAGGAGAAGGAGGACACGGCAUACGAAAAGUAUGUGGCGAAGGGACCGGCAGGAAGCAGAAGGGACAGAUCGGGACAAGACUUCAGGAACCCACAAGACCGAGCAGAUGAAGCGGACAGAUUCAGAGAUAGGUAUAGAGGUGAGAAGGAAAGGGAUAGAGAAGAAGACAAAAAGACAGACAGAAACCGAGAGGAUAAAAGACAUGAAGACACACGGCAGCGAGACAGAGAAAGAGACAAAGGAAGAGGUGUUGAUAGAGAGAAUAAUGGGGAGAGAGAGCGUGAGAGAGAAAGGGAACGUGAUAGAGACAGGGAACGAGAGAAGGACAGAAGGGAGCGAGACCGAGGAAAUGACCAAGGGUUUGCCAAACACAGAGAUCACAGUCGUGAAAGAGAAUACAGGCGAAAUUGAACAGAGAUACUAAUUUAACUUUUUUUGGGGGGGGGACAAAAUGGACUGUACUAUUUUUUUAGUGUGUGUGUAACUCAGAAAUGUAAAUAAAUGAUUAGAAUUUUGAAA